CACUAGUGGCCAGUGCAUCGCCAAAGAAUCUGUCUGUGACUCUCGGCAGGACUGCUCCGAUGAGAGUGAUGAAGACCCAGCAACUUGCUCAAAGCAUCUCGCCUGUGACUUUGAGUCGGGUUUCUGCGGUUGGGAGCCAUUUCUCACAGAAGAUUCACACUGGAAGCUGAUGAAAGGAUUGAAUAAUGGAGAGCACCACUUUCCUGCAGCCGAUCACACAGCAAACAUAAAUCAUGGAUCGUUUAUUUAUUUGGAGGCACAGCGCUCCCCCGGGGUGGCCAAGCUUGGAAGUCCUGUUCUUACAAAAUUGCUCACUGCCUCUACCCCAUGUCAGGUGCAGUUUUGGUAUCAUUUGUCUCAACAUUCAAAUCUCUCAGUUUUUACAAGAACGUCUCUAGAUGGAAACUUGCAAAAGCAAGGCAAAAUAAUCAGAUUCUCCGAAUCUCAGUGGAGCCACGCAAAAAUUGAUCUCAUUGCAGAAGCGGGAGAAUCUACUCUACCUUUUCAGUUAAUUUUGGAAGCUACUGUUUUGUCAUCAGAUGCUACCGUUGCUCUAGAUGACAUCAGUGUGUCCCAGAAAUGUGAAAUUUCCUAUAAAUCACUACCAAGGACCAGUACACAAAGCAAGUUAUUUGGAGGUAUAGGGGCAGAAAGGUGUGACAAAAACCUUUCCUCACCCAUCAUAAGGGUCACAGCUGACACUUCGAGAAUGAAAGACAGUUUAAUGAGAGAAAAGCAUAACAAAUUUGUUUAUCAAAGUUUUACUUGA